UUUGGCUGACAAAAAUAAAAUUGACAUCCAGAAAAAAAAGAUCUCUCACUUGCCAUCGUUCAAUCUCUCAGUUGUUAUUUCCCUGAUAUGAGGAUGAGUCACCGCUGCAUGACAUAGGGACUCUUGUUUACCAAAAUGUCGUCCAAAUUGGAGUUUCACAACUCGAUGCCCAGCCUCACUGUAGAUACACAUGCUCUUUUAUCCUACAUUCUUCAAGCGUCCACUAAACAAAUGUAAAAAUGGUGAUUCCCAGUGUCGAAGCCAUAGAACUCAACUGCUGCAGCCCGGUGAUUGUUCGCUCAUUCGACGAGAAGAGCCAACUUUUGUUGGUUUCUCGGUCAAUGUUCAUGUCGCUGAGCUUGUUUGAUUGGUCCAAUCGUAUCAGCCAGUCCGACCGGACCAGUGUCAAAAAAUAAAAAAAAUCGAGGAAACCAAUGACGAUACGAUUCCUUUGAACUAAGCAAAAAAAAGUUCGUCCCCCCAAUUCGUACCUCGUUAUGACAAACUUUGGAUUGGUGGUUGCUGCUACGGAGGAACUGGGCAUUGGCAUGCUGAGUACCCUCCCUUGGCGCAUUCCCAAGGAUAUGGCCUUUUUUAAACAUGUCACUAUGCAUGUGCCCAAAGAGUUUCCAAGCAACCAAACCACACCACAAAACGCGGUUAUUAUGGGUCGCGUCACUUGGGAAUCCAUUCCUCCAAAAUUCCGUCCCUUAUCCGAACGAUUCAACAUUGUCGUCUCUCGAAACCCCACUUAUGAUCUACAACUGGCUAAUGCUCAACAGCCGUCAACGCUUUUGGUAAGUUCACUGGAAGAAGCAUUUGCUGCAGUGGAUCCUCAACAACAUCCGCGUUGCUUUGUUAUUGGUGGAGCACAAAUGUAUCGAUUGGCUAUCAAGCAUGCCACCUGCACUCACAUUCUGCUGACCCGCGUCAAAUCCAAAGUUGACUGUGACACUUUUUUCCCCGAGAUCAACGAAACCGAUUACCGGCUCGCCUCUCACGAAGAAAUGGAAGCCUACGUCGAACAGGAAGUCCCGCGAGGAUUGCAAACACACAAAGAUCUGGAAUAUGAAUUUACUAUGUACAUUCGUCGAUCCUUUCAACCCGUCUCGCCUACUAUCGAAAAUCACCCUGCCUAGAAAUAUAAUAAACAAUCACACCUAAUGUAUGCAUUCAAUGGAGACCUCAGUGUGGUGAGGGAGAUACGUAGUUCAUCACAAAGCGGAUGAGGUAUGGUGCAUAAGUUUUGAAAGCUACAACGGAGAUGGCAAAGGCUGCGGGAGGGCCGGCGUACUCGAGAAACCAGGUGACAGUCGAAGGACGAAGUUUCUUGACCAUAUUUUUCACUUGGAUC